CCGCGCCGGGAGAUUUGUUUUUUUCCUAGUAAAAUUGUAAAUAAAAACAAACCGUAAUACAAUGCACUGCUUUACGGUCGACAAAAGUUAUUCGAGCAACGUCGUUAACAUCUUCAAACAACUUCGAUUUUAGAACAAGGAUUCGUAAGGAAAGCGCGUAACAUGGAAGCCUUGAAGGAAGCGCCCAUACCGGCGAUGGACAGCUUGGCCUCGGCUAUGAAGAAUAACAUUGUUCCGAACCAGGAGUAUCUGUUACAAGGCAGCGUCCUAGAUUCGGCUGUCGAGGUACUGUUGCACAGGCUACGAGGUCUAUGCGACAAUGUCGAUUCCGGCCCGGAGACUUUUCACGAUCAUGAAAUGUGUUUCAGCAUAAGAAACGUUACCCCGCAACCUCUUACGUUAAGAGUUAGGAGAGCAAUAGAUUAUUUAGACAUGCCAUAUCAGCUGCGUUAUAUAGGACAACCUGAACUUGGUGACAAGUCCAGACCUACUAUCCUACGAAAUAGUAUCGAUGUAGCCACAACACCGACGAUUGUCGAUUUCCUCACCGAAAUGGGAUUCCGUAUGGAUUUCGAGUAUAUUUUACGUGGUUACAUGUUCCGUAAAGGUAGAAUGAAGAUCACUGUGUCCAAAAUUUUUAAGAUGAUGGUGGUUGGAAAACCAGCACCUGAAAGUGUUGAUCCAAUAUCUCAAUCUUAUCUAGUGGAAUUGAGUGUUCUGGCACCCAGUAAUCAAGAUGCAAUAGCUGAAGACAUGCGUAUAUUUGCCGAGCAAUUGAAACCACUUGUACACUUGGAAAAAGUCGAUUACAAACGAUUAACACAACCACCAAUGUAAAAUCUUUAUAAAUAAUACAUUUUUUUAUCUAAACUCGUUUAA